UUCUAAUUCGGGAAUGCUCGACAGCCUUGUGGCAGGGAGGUUUCUGGGUUCAUAAGAAUUGUGGUAACCUGUUCCGUUCUUCUCUUGCGAGACCAGCAGCGGCGCCAAUAUCACUGAGAUAUAAGCCACAAUAAAGCAAACUUGGGGAACCACAGGUCGAAAAGAAGAAAACAAAAACCAUGGUACGCCUCAGCAUUGCGACAGCCACGGCCGUCACCGUCUGCAUCUGCACGGCGGUCGCCCAAAUCGACAAACCGGCGCUGGACCCAGCCACCAACUUCAACCUGCUCGAAGAGCGCUGGAUGUCCGUGCCCAACCAGCCGGCCGUCGUGAUCGAGUGGCUGCACCACUAUCUUCCCAAGGCCUGCCACGAGGCCGCCGUGGCCAACGACCUGUCGCCCAUGGACUUUACCGCGUACGACGUGCUGUACGACGACUGCGACAACGACUGGGUCGUCUGCCGCCACAAGGACGCGCCGGCCACCGAGGAAAACCUGAUCGGCAACCUGGGCAAGAUCCCCGUCGGCAUGCGCAGCUACGUCCGGCACGUCAUCGCCUACCCGGCCCGGCAGCACGACGCCGUCGCGAGCUGGCGCGCCCCCGGCGAUCUGCACCUGCACGCCCGCCCGACCAUGCAGACGCUGAUCCACCAGGUCGGGCACGAGAUGGACUACGCCGCGCUUCCCGGCCAGGGCGCGCCGUUUUCCGAGUCGGAGCUGUGGCGCGAGGCCGCCGGGGCGGACGGGCGCCGCGCGUCGGCGUAUGCGGGCUUGGACUGGCGCGAGCACUUUGCCGAGGCGGCCGUGGUGGCCGUCUUUGGCCAGAACUUUCCGCGCGAGAUUGCAACCGCGCAGCCGGCUGCGAGUGGGAUCGCGAACCAGCUCUACGUGUGGCAGAGGCUGCUGGGUGAGCAGAUCCAGAUGGGUGGGAGGUGCACCAGGAGAAGGGAGAACUCGCCUAGGGUGAACAAGGAGACGGGGAAGGAUGGUGCGGGCAGUGGCUUGUCGGCUAGGGCGGGGCUGGCGAAGAGGAAUAUUGACAUCUUCAGCGUUGAGUACCCGGGAGGUGGCAAGGACUUGCAUAUAGAGGAUAGGUGGCAGCAGGUCGAUGUGUCUGGCCAGUAUGGCGCCAAGGCAACACAGUCUACGCCUGCAGCAUCUUAGACAGGCGGUUUCUUGUUUGUUGUGAGUACUACUUUUGUAAUUUCAUUCAUGCUUUAUACCCUCCCUCAUUCAUCUGGAAUUUUAAUGUUUGAAGAUCCUGUCCAGUUUGCCC